GAAUGAUUGUUUGUUUCAAGUAUUAUGAUCCUUGGUUUGUUUUGAUUUUUUAAAUGCCGAUUUCAUAAAAGUAGAAAAGGUGUUGCAAUUUAUAUUCCAUAAACAUGAAGUUAACAGUGGACGGUUUGUUGGUUUAUUUUCCUUACGAUUAUAUUUAUCCUGAGCAGUAUGCAUAUAUGUUGGAAUUAAAGCGAGCAUUGGAUGCAAAGGGCCAUGGACUGCUGGAGAUGCCAUCAGGCACAGGAAAAACUAUAUCACUACUCUCCCUAAUUGUCGCUUACAUGUUACAGAACCCUCAUCAUGUCAGAAAGCUUAUAUACUGUUCCCGUACUCUGCCAGAAAUAGAAAAGGUAUUGGAGGAAUUAAAAAACUUGAUGAAAUAUUAUGAAAAGAGCCAGGGUGAGAUUCCUAGUCUUACGGGGGUAGUGCUCAGCUCUAGAAAGAACUUGUGCAUCCAUCCUGAGGUGUCGCGAGAAAGAGAGGGCAAGCUUGUAGAUGGUAAAUGUCAUUCAUUAACAGCGAGCUACAUACGGGACAGGAAUGCGCACGACUCUACUGUGCCUAUUUGUCAAUUUUACGAGGGUUUCAACCGCGAGGGCAAGGAGUCAAUGCUACCGUUCGGCGUGUACACACUAGAUGAUCUCAAGCAAUAUGGAGCUGAUAGAAAUUGGUGCCCUUACUUCCUCUCACGAUUUGCUAUAAUCCAUGCAGAUAUAAUAGUAUACUCAUAUCACUACCUACUGGACCCGAAGAUAGCUGAAGUGGUGUCCAAGGAGUUGAAUCGCGAGGCGGUGGUGGUGUUCGACGAAGCGCACAACAUAGACAACGUGUGUAUCGACUCGCUCAGCGUUAAAAUCACCAGACGGACCAUAGACAAGAGUACAACCGCUCUGCAGCAUUUGGAGAAGACUGUCGCAAAGAUUCGAGAGGAGGACGCAGCACGAUUGACGUUGGAGUAUGAGCAGCUGGUGGAAGGUCUUCGGGAGGCAGCUAUGGCUAGGGAUGCAGAUGCCAUCCUCGGAAACCCUAUAUUGCCUGAUGAAGUUCUAAAUGAGGUGGUGCCUGGUAAUAUAAGGAACGCAGAACACUUCUUAUGUUUCCUGAGGCGGUUCAUUGAAUACUUGAAAACUAGGCUCAGGAUACAACACGUGGUGCAAGAAUCGCCUGCAGGUUUUCUAAAGGAUGUAGCGUCUCGGGUAUGCAUCGAGCGUAAGCCGUUGAGGUUCUGCGCGUCCCGGCUGACUUCUCUGAUGAGGACCCUCGAGAUACCGGACCCUUCCAACUUCUCCUCGCUGACCCUCGUGGCACACCUGGCCACGCUCGUAUCCACAUACACCAAGGGCUUCACCAUCAUCAUAGAGCCAUUUGAUGAUAAAACACCGACCGUCUCCAAUCCUAUAUUACAUUUUUCAUGUAUGGACUCAUCAAUAGCGAUGCGGCCAGUGUUAUCCAGAUUCCAAACCGUCAUCAUAACAUCAGGAACUUUAUCACCGCUGGACAUGUACCCCAAGAUCCUAGACUUCAACCCGGUGAUCAUGAGCUCGUUCACCAUGACGCUCGCUAGGCCCUGCAUAUUACCCAUGAUAGUGGCAAAAGGAAGUGACCAAGUCGCGAUAUCGUCCAAAUAUGAAACCAGGGAGGACGUGGCGGUCAUAAGGAACUACGGGCAGCUUCUCGUUGAAAUAUCGUCGUGCGUGCCGGAUGGCGUCGUAUGUUUCUUCACAUCAUAUCUGUAUCUGGAAAGCGUCGUAGGCGCGUGGUACGACCAGGGUGUAGUGGCAAGUUUGCAGAGACACAAGCUGCUGUUCAUUGAGACUCAAGAUUCGGCUGAGACCAGCUUCGCUCUCAUUAACUAUAUAAAGGCGUGCGAGUCGGGGCGGGGGGCGGUGCUGCUGUCGGUGGCGCGGGGGAAGGUGUCUGAGGGCGUGGACUUCGACCACCACCUGGGCCGCGCCGUGCUCAUGUUCGGGAUCCCGUACGUGUUCACGCAGAGCCGCAUCCUCAAAGCCCGCCUCGAGUACCUUCGCGAUCAGUUCCAGAUCCGCGAGAAUGACUUCCUAACGUUUGACGCGAUGCGUCACGCGGCGCAGUGUGUCGGCCGAGCGUUGCGAGGGAAGACGGACUACGGUAUAAUGAUAUUCGCUGACAAGAGGUUCAGCCGGUCGGACAAGCGCACAAAGCUGCCGCGCUGGAUACAGGAGCACCUGAAAGACUCGCUGUGUAACCUCAGUACAGAGGAGGCCGUACAGAUUUGCAAAAGAUGGUUGCGUCAAAUGGCGCAACCGUUCACUCGGGAAGACCAGCUCGGUGUGUCGCUACUAACGCUGCAACAACUGCAGUCCCAGGAACAACAGGACAAGAUCGAGAAGCAGGUCGUACAGAAGUGACGACUUCUACACCUACGAUAGAGACAUACCAAAAGCAAAAGUAGGCUAAUUGGCCAUCAUAAAUAAGAUUCUGUCGGACGACAUACCCAGAACAGGCUGAUUGACCAUCAUAAAUAAGAUUCUCUCGGAUGACAUACGUAGAAUAGGCUGAUUGGCUAUCAUAGAUAAAAUGUGACAUUUUAUGGACUGGCCGACUCAUUUGUAAUUAUAACGUCAUGAACGGACAAGUUUGACGGUAGGUCCUAUAAAGUAAACAUUAUUUAACGGGUGGUUAAAGAGUGACAAACUUCGUAUAAAAGUCCGCUGUGCAUGUGAUCAAAACAAAUUGUAACAUUUUUUUCAUAAAUAAUAAUAAUAACUGUCACAUAGCGCCAUCUAUCCCCAAUCUAAACAAAGCUUGUGUUAUGGGUACUAGAUUGAUUAAAUUUUAUCUAAAUGCAUGCAUAAUACAGAUAGAAAAUACGCAGACCGAUAGAAAACCAUCGUAUUCAUGAAUACAGAUGUUUGUUAACCACUAGACCAUCGAGGUCGUCGGUCGAUGACCAGCUAUGAUAUAGGAAUUGGGAGGAAAUAACUAAAAUUAGAGGACAUAAUGGAUGACCACUUGCCAACAAGUAAUCACAAAUUCAAGCGAGUGAAAAGAGACUGACUUGGUUCGUGUAAAUUUGCAAUCGCUUGUAGCCGUCCAUUAAGUCUGUUUUAUGUAAAAAAUUAAAAGUAAAUUUGCAAGAGCUUGAGGCGCACUCACAUAGGAAUUGCGUUUAAUUUAAAAAGUACAAAACCAUGAGUCAAACCCGUAAUCACAUUUACGCGAACGAUCCUGCCUACAACUACUACGCUAGUGUGUUAAUGAAUGCUGUGCAUUCAUUUGUUAUUGUAAAACUGUUCAGUUUGUUGAACCCUUGUAUCAUUGGGUCUAUGAAUUUGUUAAUAAUACAAUUUUUAAUAAAUAGAACACUUGAUUUUCGUACGCGCGCUAGCUUUAAGUUCUUACUGUUGCUAAUAAUAUAAGUACUAACAAGAUUAUAUUGAUCACUGUUGUACUAUUAAAAGUUUCUAUGAA